UGUCUGAUCGAUUCUUCUUAUUUAUUUUUUCCUAGAAAUUAUGUUUUGCCGUUUGGGUUUUUCAAAUAUUUGUAUUUUUAAUAUUUAUAAACAUGUGUGUGUGUAUAUAUAUAUAUAUGUAUUGGGUCCCGAGGUCCUGUUUGGUCGGUGGGAAAGCGAGGGAAGAGAAUUAAACAAAAUAAAAUAAAAUGAAAUGAAAAAUUGAAGGUGGGUUAGAAAGAUUUGGAAUGUUUGGUAUAUAUCAUGUAAAACAGGACUUGAGGUUACAGAAGCUAAUAAUGAACUCUUAUAUAACCAAGACUUGGAUUUUAUUUGUUUGUUUUCAUCUAGGUUUUUGGAACCCUGAGACUGGUGGAUGGGAAACUGGAGCUAAGAGUGACAUUUGCUAUUGCUUUGUUAUUUGCUUAGAUUCAGUUAGGCUUUUAGCCUGUUAGAAGGUGGACUUGUGAAACCAGGGAAGAAAUUGGCCAUCAAGCGUAUAGUGAAAAUGUUUACCGCAGAGAGAUCCAAAAGAGGGUUACUGGGAAUCUCUUGAACAGACAUCAAACCGUUUGCUUCAAGAAAUGGAAGUGCAGAAAACUUGUCUUUCGAGGAAAUUUCAGUUAAUAGCGUGAUAAAUUCUAGUAGAGUUACUGGUAGGCCACAUAGCCAAGCAAUUAGGAAAACGAUAAAGGGAUGAUGACAAAGUGCUUGUUCUAAAUUAUUGUGUGGCUGCUAUAUGGACAUUUGGAUUGCUAUUCUCCUCACUUGUUCUAACCAUUAUUUGUGAAUGUUGAUCGUGAGAUUUCCCACCUCUUCUGUUCAUUUUUUUUUGCUUUUAACUGAAGAUAUGGCCUUAAAAAGAGCAAAACGUUGGAAUAGAGGUUUUUUGUUUGCAAAGUGGAUUGGCUGAGUAUAGAUAUGCUGCAAAAUUAGUCGUUUGAACCAGAACAUUCUGGUCCUCAGGGAAUUUCUAGCUAUUAUAUUGUUUUGCUGCUCGUUAGUCAUUACUGCGUAAUCUUUUGGUUUCUAUCAGGUGAAGGAAUGGAUGAGCUAUGUCCAUUGCCUUCUGUUUCGCUCUGGUCUCAGAUCUCCAAAUUUCAGACAGCAGCCUGGGAAGAAUUCAAGAGAAAACCGAUCUCAUAUUGGAUUCUUCUGCUUCUGAGCAGCAGUGCGAUGCUUGUGGCCUUCCCUGCUUCAUCCAUUCUUUCCCGUGUCUAUUACAACGAUGGUGGCACCAGUAAGUGGAUCAUUUCAUGGGUUGCAGUUGCUGGCUGGCCUCUAACUGCUCUUAUCUUAUUUCCUACAUGUUUCAUCUGCAAAACCUUUCCUACCCCUCUGAAUUUACAGCUCACUCUUGCAUACAUCAUGCUCGGAUUCUUAAGUGCUGCUGAUAACCUUAUGUAUGCAUAUGCGUAUGCCUAUCUUCCAGCAUCUACUGCUGCUCUUCUGGCAUCAUCUUCACUGAUAUUUUCUGCACUAUUUGGAUAUCUUAUUGUGAAAAAUAAGAUUACCAUGUCAAUAGUUAAUGCUAUUGUGGUCAUCACAUUUGCUGUGGUCAUCAUAGCCUUGGACUCCAGUUCAGACAGAUAUGGAAAUGUCACUGAUAGCCAAUAUAUCAUGGGCUUUGUAUGGGACAUUCUGGGAUCUGCUCUUCAUGGUCUGAUUUUUGCUCUUUCAGAGCUUGUUUUUGUAAAAUUACUCGGUAGAAGAUCCUUCCAUGUUGUGUUGGAGCAACAGGUUAUGGUUUCGUUAUUUGCGUUCAUAUUUACCAGUAUUGGGAUGAUUGCGAAUAACGACUUUCAAGGGAUGGUAUCCGAGGCUAGAGUUUUCGAGGGUGGUAAAGCUUCCUAUUACCUCGUUCUUGUAUGGAGUGCAAUCACAUUCCAGUUGGGAGUGUUGGGAGGUACUGCUAUGCUGUUUUUAUCUUCAACCGUGCUUACUGGUGUUCUAAAUGCAGUAAGGGUACCCAUAACAGGCAUUGCAGCCGUCAUAUUGUUACAUGAUCCCAUGAGCGGUUUCAAGAUCCUCUCUCUUGUCGCAACAUUUUGGGGAUUCACCUCCUAUAUUUAUGGCAGUUCUUCUGCAAGUAAAGAUUUCCCUUGAUAAUUUAUAAUGAUCUCUCCCCUCUACUAUUAUUUUUUUCUCCUUUUUGGUUUACCUGUAUGUCUAAUUUGUAUUUUUAGUAAAGUGGUUGGAUAUUGAGAGUUAUGUUAGAUAUAAUGAGUUCAGUAUAUGCAUUAAGAAAUGUAAUUGUAUAUUUUAAAUACAAUAAUCUUCGUAAGUUUUGAAGUUUUUUCAAUGAAAGAUCUGUAGAUUGUAUGCUAA